UGUAAGAGAAAGGCGGGGCUACGAUUCCUUAGCAACGCUUGGCUCUCUGGGAGUGGUGGCGGUUGAUUCAACAUGGCGGCAGCGGCAACAAGAAGUGGAAAUUCAGGGAUUUUCUGGAUGAACGGCGUGUCCGACGAUGAACAGCCUUUGGUGUUUGUUCCCGGACUGGAAGGAGGGACAAAGUCUUCUUUCAGUUUGGGACCAGGCAGCUCCAGUAAAAGAGGGACCAAGAUACGUGCCAGGCGUAGCUCUGACUGCAAGAAUGAGACAACACUGAAGAAAGGUGGCAAGAAACAGGGCCACUCGCAAAGUGAGCGAUCUGGAGCUUAUACAGAAAAGGUGUCAGUCCAUCACACUGCUGCUGUAGCUACAGAACACUCCCGCUCACCGGCCAAUGGUGUUUUUCAACCCUCCACACAGGUAAUCUCUGAGACUAGCAAGAGCCUGGUCUGCUUAAAGGACCUCUGUCCUGAAGAUAAGCGCCGGAUUGCAAACCUCAUCGAAGAACUAGCCAGAGUGAGCGAGGAGAAAGAAGAGUCAGUGCAGCGCCUGAAAGAUGAACAGGAAAGUUUUGAGCGCAAGAUCCAGCAGCUUGAGCAACAGAACCUGAUCAUAGCAAAGGAGAGAGAGAGCCUGCAGAACCAGUACAAAGAGUGCCAGGAGCUACUUGGACUCUACCAACAAUACCUUACUCAGCAACAGGCGAAACUUAACCAGUCCAUUGCCCAGCUCAGCCAGGAACCAGCCCACAGCAAGGUGCUCAGUAGUGAGGAAGCCCCCAGCAGAACAUCUACCAGCAGAGCUAAUGGCUCACUCUUUGAUGGCUCAUACCUCAGCCUUGCUGCUACUCGAGCAUGGCAGCCUCAAGUGCACAGGAGUGAUGGUGGAAGAGCAGCAGUGCAAACCUUUAGCAACCCUGCCUGUCUUUCCUGUGUUAGUGAGUUCAGUCCGACUGAUGGGUCGAUCAAACAGCAUAGGAGUCAGAAAAGGGACUACAGGGAGCCACACUCUGAGUCCCACCACAGAUGUGAGCACUACCAAGGCCAUGGUCAAGACAGUGGCAAUGGAACACAGCAAUGGAGAAGUGAAAAUGGCUCUCGGCUAGACAGUGGCCACCAUGACACCUUUAACCAACAUGAAUGUGAAAGGCUCCACAGUGGGAAUGCCAUUGGCUCAGAGGCCAAGGAAGCCUUGACCAGGCCUCUGCUCGGUCACGAGAACUGGGAGGAGAGGAGACACCAGCUGCUGCUGCAGAAGAUGCAGUUGGAGAUGGAGAGAGAGAGGCUGCAGGCACGGCUGGCUGAGCAGGAGGAGAGGCUCAACAGACAGAAUCAACAGCUAUGCCAGUCGCGUCUCGAUUACAGCAGAUUUCAACAAGCUGCUCAGUCUGAUCUCAGUAGCUCAAACACUAGAAAUGGAGAUGCACAGCCAGAGGGUCCCAGCCACCAAGCUUUAUCCUCCAGUGUGCGUGGAAAUGCCGAAGGACAUCCUGCAGGACAGAUUUUGCAUGAAAAACACUCACAAACUGUCCCUGCUCCUCUGGACAAUGAGGCUUUAAAGCGGCCCAGAAAGGACAUGGCUACAUCUCCUGCUAAGUCCCCUGCAAGGCUGAGUAAGCCCACCUCUGUGUCUAUGAUCCAAAAGACCCCUGAGGCCAGGUUGGACUUUUCUGUGGUUGAGUUAUUGGAUAUCUUUAGUCCUGUCUCUGCACCUGAGCUAAGCAAGCUGUCCACUCGAAGACCCAAAACUUCGCAACAUAGGACGGCCUUCACUGCCCCUAAAUCAGUGGGCAGAACCCUGCUUACCCCUGCUGGGCCUUAUCUUCAGCAUACCCAGCAGGACCUGGAAGAAAGCCAAAUACUUGAAGAUAUUUUCUUCAUUUGCUGACAAAGAGGAAGCUGGGAGAACCAAAGAAACAAACAAAAAGAAUCACCUGUUUGGUCUUGACUUUUUUUAAUUUUUUACAUUUAAUUUUCAAUUGACAUUCUAAAGCAGAAUGAUUAUGUACUCUUGUUAUACUGUGGUUUUAAUACAAAUAAACAAAUAUUUAUUCAGAA